AGCAGAGGGUGGUCGACCUACAUGAGAUGUCCAAGGCUUGGUUCCAGGGGGAGAAAGAAGAUGAGGCAUUUGCUGCACAAUACACAUUCAUCUGCCUACAUGACAUGGGAGAAGCUGUCUACUUUGGGGCAGAUGACACAUAUCAAAACACGGAUCCAAACGACAAGGAAGCUGCAUUGAUUGUCAACAAUGCAGUUCUAGACAUGCCAUGGUUUCUCCAUACUGUGUUAGGAAUUUUCAUUCCUAAGCAAGAGAGAAACAAUACGAUGAAGUGGGGGGAACCCAAGUUGUCUACUGAGGAAGCAGUAGAAGCUCUCAGAACACUUGGAGAGACUGCAGAGGGCAACAUCUAUUUCCUGCUCAAGCUGCUCUGUGAGAUGGGGGUUUUGAUUCCUGAUGGUAUGAGGAGCUGGGACAUAAGGUGGUCAGAGCCACGAAAUCUGCCAGAACACCUCAUUGUGCCUGCAUUAUUGCGUGAUGAGUUCACUGGAUGGAUUGAAAGCGAGCAAACAUAUGAUUGUUGGGGUCGGAGAUUGCAAGCAGACGACACUAUCAAGGGCUUCGUUCUUCUCCCAUCAGGAGUUUUUGCAGUUAUUCAAGCCAAGGUGAAGGAGAUGUGUGACAGAUGGGGUCAUGGAAGUAAGAUUGGUGUUGGUUGGGUUUCCUUCCAAGAGGAUCUCAUUCAAGUUCUGGUGACUAUUGGUGGGGAUUAUAAGCAUUGGACAGAUCGGCAAUGGGUGGAUAUUAUGUUGAUGGUGCCCAACGAGGAAAAGAGGGGACUCAAAGGGGAGCAGUUCAUGAAGGAGAUACGGGAUUGUGUAGUCAAGGAAACUAACAGGGCCUGUCCUUUCAUCAAGCUUGAAGAGCAUGUUCUGAAUCCAGUGAAGGUAAGACAAUUUAGAAAAGCAUCGGGACAACAGGGGUCAUGCGAUGAAAACAGCAAGAGCUCUUGGGCACUGCAAGAGGUUAAACAGAUGGUAGCUAGGGAGGGCUUUGAUUAUCACUUUACCUGGGGUUUUGGUGACUCCACAAGUGUCUUGGAACUCUUGAUGCCAAGUGAAGUCAACGAGAUUAUUCAGCCACGUAAGCGUGCUGUUGAAGAGGUUGUCACGGAAUACAACCAGCACAUAGUGCCAUUGUAUCAAAGCCAGCAGCAACAGCUUGUGCAGGUCGAGAUCCCAAAGUUUGAAAGUGAUGACAUGAGCAACCUUGCCAAGUUUUGCUACCAAUUACACAAGCAUCAAAUGCAGGGGAUUCAGAUAUAUAUGGAGGACUGCAAGGUCUCCAUAACAGAUAUCAAAGAAUCUUUACAAAAGCUUCAAAAGGGCCUGAAGGACACAGAAAACACAUUGAUCAAGAGCUGCUCAUCACUGUUGGAAUCCAUUAAGCUGGAGUGUCCGAAACUCCCACACCUUACAAUGGAGUCAAAUCUGUUACUAAAAUAUUCACCACUGAUUGGGAAACGAGCAAAUAUUAGCUACUUAUGUGAGCAUCCAAGCGGCUGUCACCCAGUUGAUUUGAAGAAGUACCCAGGAGUACCAAUCACUAUCCCAAAUCAAUGGUUCAAAAAGUAUAGCAACGUCUUUGUCCCAGGCAUCACAAUAUGUUUCACCCUUGCAAAGCUCGGUAAAGUGGCAUUGCCUGUGGGAGGGGAGCUGGUCAGCACCUUGAUUGAGCUUGGUGCAAAUGGCUUGAAAGCUACAAUCUACUCCUGCUUUGAAGGUGAUCUCAAUAACAGGUUGCAACCAGCAUCAAAAGAUGACAUUAUGGAGUUGUUUGAGUAUGUGAAAAAGAAUUCACCUCAACGAUAUGGCGAGGACCGAAUCUUGAUGAUGAAGAAAUGCUUUGGACUCGUCAAAAGUCCAAGUGGCUGGGUCUGUGAAGAUCACUAUUAUUGAAUAAGAAGGGCACAGGUUUAGUAAAACUACUAAACAGAAGGAAGGAAUUUUUAUUCAAAGAAAAAAAAACAAAAGAAAGCAACUAAGUUCUCUGCAGAAUGUUUGGGACGAUAUGCCUGGGUUAUCCACAAGGGAACUUAGAGCAAACCUUAAGACCUCUGGCCAAACUCCAAAGUUUCCACAAAGCAACAGGAGUCCUGUAAUUCAGCUGUUCCUCAGUUACUCCCUGUGCACGCAUGAGCAUAGCAUGUAAGUAAAAAAUUCUCAUUGAAAA